AUGGGUGCUUGCGUUCAGGGCGACAAAACCGAUGUCCUCUCCAUCGACUUCUUGAUCGCUGGAGGGUCGUUAUGUGGGCUGUCGGCAGCGAUAGCCCUCAGGCGCGUGGGCCACAACGUGACCGUCAUCGACCGCACCUCUCCAUACGAGCCGACGAAUCACGACUCGGGUGUUCGCUUGCCACCCAACUCGACCAAGAUGUACUAUCGCUGGGGGCUGAAGGAGCGCCUUCACGCCGUCUCCGUCAAGUCUCAUGGCACUCUAUUCGCGUCUUGUUCGAUUGUCGGGAACCACGCGUGGGAGGAAAGCAUCUUGGAGGAGAUUGGCGGUGACACUCUACUCGUAAAUUAUUCCCGGCUCCGCAAGGUGCUUGCGGAGCAUGCCACGGAGAUGGGUGUGAAGCUCGUCAUCGAUACCAUCGUAUCCGUACACCCUGACCGCGUGAAGCCGUCGCUGAAACUGGAGUCCGGCGAAACCCUCACUGGCGACGUCGUGCUCGGAGUCGAUGGGUAUAUCUUUGAGGGGAACGUCUGCCGCAAGGCUGUUAUGGAGGCGUUCGAGCAGGAAGACGAGAGCACACCGUUGGGCACCCAGCUCUUCAAGUACGCCGCUGUUGCACCGGAGGUACUCAACACUGAGCAGGCCUUCGAGCAGGGCAAAGUGUUCACGUGGUACGGCUCGGGGCAUGGAGCGAUGGGUUUCCCGAUGAUAGCGGUCACCGGGGAAGACGCGUUUGCGUUGUACGCCUUCGCGCCAAGAACGGAGGGCCAUCUGUGGCCGUACGUCUGCGAGAUCGACGAGUGCCUCGAGGCGCUCGGGGACUCGGACCCGCGCCUCCGCCAGCUCGUCAAGCACUCGUCGUACAUCACCUGCGUGCCCAUAGCCGGCCGCCCCAGUCUCGAGGAGUGGAUCCACCCCGACGGCCGGCUCCUGUGCAUCGGCGAAGGCGCCCACCCCACACCGGUCGGCUCGCUGUUCUCGGUCGCGAUGUGCACGUGCGACGCGGCGUGCCUCGGCCGGCUCUUCUCGCACCUCACCCGACACGACCAGAUCGACACCCUGCUCUCGGCGGAGCAGGAGAUCCGCGAGGCGCGCGUCUCGGCCGAGCCAGGGAUGAUGGAGGCGGUGGAGCAGCUGUUCAGCUACGACGCCGAGGACGAGGCGGACGACUGGUGGGUUAACUGGGGGCUCAUGCAGGAGCGCGCCACGCAGUGGAACUUGGGCGGGAUGGGGAUGGCGGUCACGGUUGAGGAGGGCGAGGGUGAGGAAGGGGAGGCGUGA